AUGCCAGGCUCUGCGAAGACCUCCUCUGCUACUCGCCUCGCUCUCGUGACUGGAGGUGGAAGUGGAAUCGGGAAGAGCGUCUGCCAUGCUCUCGCCAGCGAGGGUACUUGCGUCAUUGUGGCGGACAUCAACUUGGACGCAGCAAUCACUACUGCAUCAUCUCUGCCAGGAAGCCACCAACAUUAUGCGUUUAAGGUGGACGUCGGGUGCUCGACAUCGGUGAAUUCUCUCUUCGAGACCAUCCGGGAGACCUGCGGCCGACCACUUAACAUCGCCGUGAAUUCUGCCGGGAUUGGCCUCCUGGCAAAAUCCAUCAUUGACACCAGCGAGGAGGACUUUGAUAAUGUGGUUCGAGUCAACCUCAAGGGGACCUUCCUGGUGACCCAAGCGGCUGCCCGAUCCAUGAUUGCCGGGAAAGUUACCGACGGCACGAUCGUAAACAUGUCAAGCAUGGUCGCGAAAAAAUUUCACAAAGACAAUAGCACGUACUCGGCGACCAAGGCAGGGGUUUUGGCGCUCACCAAAGUGGUUUCAAAGGAGCUGGCUUCCCACGGCAUUCGCGUAAACGUAGUGCUGCCUAGUUUCAUCAAAACACCAAUGCCUUUAAAGUUCUUCAGUCCCGAGUUUCUUUCCCAGGCCGUGGAUCGCAUCACCCUUGGAAGAGCCGGUCUUCCAGAAGAGGUGGCCGAAGUCGUCAAGUUCCUAUGCAACUCCGGAAGCAGCUUUAUGGUUGGCUCGGCUGUUGAUGUCUGUGGUGGUCUGAUAUAA